CUCCGGUCCAUCGCCCAUUCUUAUUCUUAUUCGUAUCCUAUUUCUUUGGUUCGGUGGCCCUGACCCUUUUCUUCGCAUGGAGCCCGUCUGCUAGGUCCCAACCCUCCAAGCUCUUCUCUUCCCCUUCAGAUUCCCUCUUCCCCCCUGAGUUCUCCCUUGUCUCCGUCAAUCUGAUCGGGCAGAAGAGCGCCUCGAGGGCUGUUUUUUUUAUUCUCUUUGUGCUUCAACUACUCAGACUCCCGUGAUUUCUGGAGAGGUCCAUCCGUACACUCAAGAUGUAUCUGAUAUCGCUGGCUGUAGAAUAUGCAGCCCCGGCCUUUCUGAUCACCUCUCCUUUAACCUCGUAUGCCGACCAGAUUCUCAGCAUCCACCGCAGCCGGAAUUCGGCCGGGUUUUCCCUGGAUAUACCCUUGAUCAUGCUGGUCGCAUCGGUAUUGAAGGUAUUCUUUUGGUUUGGUGACAAUUACUCGACCGCUUUGCUGGUGCAAGCGGUCAUCAUGAUCGGCGUGCAGAUGGUCUUGCUGAAGGUUGCGCUGGACAAUCGGCCGUCUGCCGGCGCAAGAGAUGGUGUUGAACACGUACCUUUCAGCAACGCCGAUAAUGCCGCCGGGUUCUCGAGACCGUACGAAUUCUGGCAAUGGAAGAGCGCGAAGCCAUACUGGAUGUUCUUGGCCUAUUUCAUUGCUGGACUGUCGUUCAUCCAAUUGUUCCUGUCCCCCAUCGCCCAAUCGGAGUUCUAUAUCAACACCCUUGGCUAUGUCGGGCUGGCCGUGGAAGCUACUCUGCCCUUACCCCAGAUCAUCGCGAACCACCGAACCCACUCGUGUAGAGGAUUCCGCGUGUCGGUGCUGGCGGCGUGGAUUCUCGGAGACAUGAUGAAACUCAGUUACUUCUUCUUCAGCGCGGAGGUGAUUCCGUGGGCGUUCCGCCUGUGUGCGAUGUUCCAAUGCGUUUGCGACCUGUAUCUCGGGCUGCAGUUUUGGAUGUAUACCCGGCCCUCCUUCGGGACGGCCAGCAGCUCGGUAGAGCUUGGAGAAAAGGAUCUCCGAAUGACCUGAAUAAACGUUAUGACGGCGUUGACCACCUUGCCGGGGCGCUCGAUGCGUCGUAAAUACUGGAGACCAUGCGUAAAGACGGCGAGGAUCUUUAACCAAAUGGAUAGACUUAAUAAUGCGACU